CACGUCGCUGCGCGAUGACAUCAGAGCCGCACAGCGCACGCGCCGCUACGGAGGCCGAACGACAAAAACGGCCGGGGAAGGGGAGGGGAUGGCGUGGUUCCCCUCCCCCCACACACGUUUCCCGGUCUCCAAGCAACAGGGACGCGGAGGCGGGGCCUCUGAGUAGCCGGGUGACGAUGCUGAGCGGAGCCGCGCGCCGGGCGGGGUGUCUCUCGCGGCCGGCGGACGAGGAGCUCGCAGCUAAAAUCAUCCAGACAGCCUGGUGGAGUCACAUCGACAGGAGGCUGUUCAGGCUGCUCACACACACCAUCCGCGCCGCGGAGCAUUGUAUUACAUAUGAGAUUAUGAGGAGAGUGAGUCCUUUAGAAGCUGAACUUAUAAAAGAUCCUAGUAUGCAGUGUAAAGUCAGAUUCAGAUUUGCUGGUCAUGAGUUUCCACCUUUCAUUGUGUUUAAGAUUUUUCGCAAUACUGGAGGUCAAGGCAGCAAGUACAUAAGUGGAAAAAGAACAAUAAGUCCCGCAAGUGAGGCAGCAGUUGAUGCUUGCAAGUUGAUGGGACAUCGAAAAUAUUAUGAUCAAAUGAUAUGGGAUGAACUUCAGUACCAAAACCACAAAAUAAUAGACGAAAUAGAUGUUGCUACAGUGAAAGAUUAUAUGCAAUAUAUCAGUAACCUGGAUGAGACCCCAGCGUACUUUGGUGGCAGAGAUAACUGCUGGAGAAAAUUGUCUCUGGAAAACUUUCCCAGGACAAUGAUUAUGUAUGACAUAAUGGAUUAUGCACAGUCUGGGACACUGUCAAACCCACUUAAGGAGAAACUGACAUUUCUGCUCCUGAGGCCACAGAAUGAAGAGCUACGGCAUGAUCAACUCAUGACUGUUUCUCGAGUCAGGUCUCCUACAUCUUGUCCUCCAACAGCCACCUCUUCAUCUAGGUCUUAUCAACCCUCUUCACUGCCUAGACCUUCAGUGCGUCGCUCUCGCCAAGCUCGACAGAAAGUAGCAAAAAUGAAAAGAGUUCAUGCACUUGAAAAAGAAAGAGAGGAACAGAAAUUGGAUGUUAUAAAUAGAAGCCACUUAACUGAACAUCAAGAAACUAUGACUGCACCAACUGAAGACCUUGAGGAUCAUUCUGUCUUUUCAGAUGAAGAGUGGGAGCAUGAGGCAGCUAAAUUGUAUGCCUGGUCUCAGGCGUUAUCUCUUGAAGACACUGGAGAAUCUUUGCUUACACCUAAUUUCUGAAUUUUAAUAAUGGUUAUUUCACAUUAGCAGUAGUGGUAAACAGAAAACAUUUUCAAAUCUUUUUUACCCUGCUGUAAAUAUGUAGCAAAUUUUGAUCACAGAGAACAUGGAUUACAUACAUAAAAUUGCUUUCACCUUGGCUCUAACAGAUUUAGAAUUUGAGCUACGGACAGGUUAUCUGUGAACAUUAUAUAUUUUGUGUAUAAUGUAUGAUUACAGUAAUUUUUUUGCUGUGCAAUUGUUUUUCAUUUUCAUUUUGGAAUAGUACUAGCUACUUAGUGGUGAAGAUUACAUCCCACAGUAAGUUCAGUUUCCAGCCUCUGCUUCCUACUUCCCAAAAUGAAACCAGUCUGCCUGAAAAUUAACGUGUUGCAUUUCAUUCCAGGGUAGAAUUUUUCUGGGAAGGUUGAAAUGAAAUCCUAACCGCAAUUUUAAAAUUUAUAGGGCCAGAUACAGGGUUAUAUUAAGGUUCUUUUGUACAGCUCUGGGAACAGAGCAACUUAUCUUAAUCCAUUAUAUGAGGAUUCUACCAGCAGACAAUCCCCAGAUGAUGUGGAGCCAACAAGCUAGCUUUAUGUCACAGUUUGCUGGUACUCUCAAUGGACCUAUACAUGCCCUUUUUCUUGAUGAAGGAAGUGAGAAAAUGUACAGAAUACACACAACUUUACCCUAAAAUUUUAUUCCAUUUGAAACUUGGGCACUUUUUAAUUAAACAAAAAAUAUAUAAAAUCAACAGGCUAUUUCCAUUGCAGAACAUGACUGGGCAAAAUUAUGGUUAGGUGAGUGAUGUAAAUUUAGUGACUUUUUUUGGUAAGGUGUAGAAUUCCUGUAACGAAAGGAGUUGUUUAUUUCGAUUUUUGAGUGCUGGCAAAUUUAGUUUACUUAACUGUACCUAGAGCUCAGUCUUGUUCCUGUUAGCUUCAGUGGAUUAGUGUUUGUCACAAGACAUCCAAAUAUUCUCUCUUGUACUCUAUUUAUGGCAGUACUGUUACUGUUCAAAGAUUCCCUUCUACAUUAUAACUAAUGAUUAUUCCGCCUCUGAGUUUUUAAAUUUUAAAAAUUAACCUUUCAGUUCUUUUGUUGAGAUUGUGAUUCUAUGAACAAUGUUUCCAACAGCAUGGAAAAGAGCAGAGAUGGAGUGAGCCAGAUUGCUUGGAUGCAGAAAGCAUCAGGGCCUGUCAAGGGAUUCGCAAAAUCUGCACUGUGGAAGGUAGCUGGUGGAGUUCACAGGGAGUGAACAGAGUGAGUUAGAAGUAUGUCUGAUAUAGGCUAUAUUUGUAGCAUAGUCUCUGUGUGUGGCCCAGACUGUCUGCCCUUGAAGGAGAAAGACAGAUGCAAAGGUGUACUAUAACAUCUAUUUAAAUAAAGGAGACAAGUAAUGAUGACCCUGAUAAAGCACAGCGUGAUAUGGAGAGAGGAAGAGAACUGACAGUUGUAUAUACAAACUUAUCAAAUAUGAGUUUCCUACAAAUGGAACAUUUCUAUUAUUGUUUCUUGAUAUUUGCUCAGCAUUUCUGCAAAUCCCUGACUAAUACGUGUUAUCAAGAUUGUCUUUAUACGGCUUAGCAGUCCGUGAGGAACAUAAACUAACCUUGCAAUGUUGAUCAGACAACACAAUCCUUUAAAUUUCUCUUACAAUCUCAUUUCAUUCUAAUUUAUCAAUGCAAAACAGAUCAGUGGGGAUAAAUAGGUGCCCAUAGAUGCAUUGGGCAGGGCAGCACCCAUAGCCUAAGGUAGAGAGCUGAAGUGCUCUUUGGGGCUGUUGCUCCCUUUCCUACUUUAUGCAUAACAUAUAUGGAGUGGGAAGCAGGGUGCUAAUCACAGGAAUUGCUGAUGGACCAGAUUUGGUGGUUUUGGAAUAGCAAGGAGUGUUCCCAAGUAGCAGGUAGGGAAUCAAUACUGGCCAUGAGUGUGAAGUACUGUAUAGAAGAGAGGAAAAGCAGCAUUAAGUUCAGACACUGCACUUUAUUGUACUGGAGACUGGGGCUACAUCUACUGAGCUGCUGCAGUAGGGUAGAUAUACCAAGUAGCUGAAUGAGACUAGCAGGCAGAAGAAUGAAAUUAAGAAAUGAGUGGGAUAAGACAAAAGAGGAAAAAUAAAUCACAAGAAGGUAGAGUAAAGCUAAAAAGAGAAAGGGAGAGUUCGUCCUGGUACGUCAGUCACAAAAAGGAGCAUGCCCUCCUUAAGAGGCAAUUCAGAUAUCUAAAAGUGGCAGCAUGACAUGAAAGAUCCAAGGAAGGAACAUCAGAAAAAUUAAAAUGGAAAAAGUUAAGAUGAAAAAGAAGGAUGAGGAGAAAGGAAAGGGGGCGAACAGAAGGGACACAGACAAAAAGGAUCUGAUCAGAGUCUGGUAAAAUACUGUGAGGUUUGUUUUGUUUUUUGGACAGGGAGAGAUAAGGUUUGGAAAGUGAAGUGAACAAGAUUGACAGGGAAGACCCUAAUCAGCCUACCCGAGCAGACAAAAUGGCGAGACCAUGAUCUUUACUUUGUAAAGUAAAUUUUGAUCCUUAUUUUCCAACACUGACAGAACAUUGACCUACUUUAACAAAUUUAUUAAAUAAAUGCUGAAAUGUACAUGGAAUCUUGCUGAUGGAAAAUCUUCAGUUCUUUUAAAUCAAUUAGACCUCUGUGAUCUUUGGGGCUCCAAAAGCUUGGUAUCCUAAAACAGACUGAGCAUAUUGAUAACUAAGAACAUUGUUAGGUGAUAGAUUCUCUUCCCCUCUUGGCCUCUGGUUUGAAUAUCCAGGUUGGCUUUAUUUUUAUUUUAAGUUAUUAUAGUUGUUACAGGUCUAGACAUUUAGUUACAAAUGUAGUCCUUGAUAACUUUUUAGAUAUCGUUCACUAUAUCUUAUUCUGAUAGACUGUAUAUUGUCCAAACCCAAGAUACAAUUUUUGUCUAAACAAAAAAACCCAAAGGCAAUAAUGAGCCAUGAUGACAGACAAGAGAGCUGGGUUCUAAAAAAUUUCAGCAGUCACAUCCUACAGGAGCAAUCAGGGAUGAGGAGACAGCAACUAGGAAAGACACAUUAGUCUACACUUGAAAAAGCUGGUCUGAACUGACAGUGCUUUUGACACAGUAGGGGCCUGAUCCAGUGCCUACUGAAGUCAACUGAAAGGCACCAUUGUCUCAAAUGGGGAUUGGAGUAGGCCCUAGAGCACAUGAACACACUGGAGUAUGUCUUGGGUUGUGGGGGGGAUUUGAAAGGAGAGAAUUAUAAAAAAAUUGCCAAGAGGCAACGCCUGUACUCCGUACAAACAUAGCCAACUUGACUUACUGAAUCUUAUUAGGGUGUUAUUACAUUUUUUUUUCCCUUUUUUUUUUUUCUCUUUAAGAUAGUACUUAUCCAGUUGGAUCCAUAAGUCUUGUGUGCAGAAAAAAAGAUUUCCAGGUAUACUGCAUUUAGGUAUUGCAGAGAUUACACAACUGUGUGCUUAAAGAUGAAAAAUAUUUUAUUUACACUUUUCUUAUACACACUUUGUACAUUUUUUCAGUUUAAAAACAGAACAGGAGCACAUACAUGUCUGAACAUAUUGUAUCCAUAGCAAGGAAAAGGUACCUUCUGCCAAAAACCAAAGGCUUUUAAAAAUAGUUAUAAAAGGCAAACCUUAAAUUAUUCUAAGAAUGUUAUAGCAGCCUUGGGGUGAAUAUUAGACAAUUAACCAAAAAUGUACAUAAAAACUCUCUAUAUUUGUUUUUAAAUAGGUAGAAUACUUCCAACUGCUACAGCACACACAGAAGAAUUUGUAAAUAACUUUCCAUUAAGUUACUGGAAACAUUCUUUUCAAAACACAACCAUCUCAAACAGGACUGGAAAGUAAUGAAACUACAGUGGAAUUACAUUCUUCAACUUAUAAGAAUUCAUUUUUUAAAGCUCUGCAAAAUAAUACAUAGGAAAAGAGAAAAUCAGACUGAGGGGUUUGCUAUUCCCUCCAUCUAGUCCCAUAACCUGCAUUAAAUGUUAGUUAGGUGGGUUCACUGAGGAAAUAAAAACCUUCUAUAAAGUAUAACUACCACUGCAGUUCUAUGUAACAUUUCAUUUUUUAUGCUUACACCAAUCUUUCUUCCCCCCAUGCACUAUAUAAAGAAUAGCACUUACAAGUAGAAAGUGGUUUUCCCCCAGCUACCAACUCAAUUAUAAUCUAAAUAUUAUUUGAAUUUGAUCCUUAAACUUUUUUAAAAAGCACAUAAACAUGAACUGAAAUUUGGGGAGAGGGGAAGUCCAGGGAAGCAGUGCUCAACGGUCUAUUUUUCUGCCACCUGUUUAACAGUCCUAUAUUUUAUUAAGAUUACAGAUGCCAUCAACGUAAUUUCUUUAGGUUUACUUCAAACACAGUAUGUACUUACUUUAACAUUUUAAACACAUGCUGAAAUUGUAGAUUAUUUAGCAAUCCAAGAAAAAUAAAAUACAGAUGCCAUAACAAAAAGUAGUCACUAGUGUUUAUUUUAAACAUUUUCAGAUUGUCUUACAAACAUUAAAAUCUCAAAAUGUUACUUAUAAAACAUUGGUUAACUUAGUUUUAAAUAGCUGACAUACCUUUCCUUUUGUGUUUUCUUCUUUACCCUUUCCACACUACUUGAGUGUUGCAACUGUGACAUAACAUGCUUGUUAAUUUAUUCUAAUAAGGUACUUUAUUGGAUAGAAGUGGAGGGAAAGCAAGUUUUCUAAGGCCCCAAUCCUACCGACAUUUUAGCACACACUUAACUUUACAUGUGAAUAGACUUUUAAAUAGUUGGCAUAGCUUUUCAUUUUAUUUCAAUGGACUACUCAUCUAUGUAAAGCUAAACACAUGCCUAUGUCUGAAGAAUUGAGCCCAAUUCCCUAUGUUUUUGAUCAAGAAAAAAAAUAUUUCAAUAAAGGCAAAACAUUCCUGUAAAUGACAUUCCUAUUUUAAAAAUGCAUGAUUUUUCUUCAGUUAGUCCUUUAUGAAACAAAAGACAUAAGGUGCAGAAUUGUGUAUUUCAGAAAGAGCAGCUGACAUCAGACCCUCAAGCCAACCCUCACUUUAAUUCAACGUGACCACUUCUUCAUAAAGACCAGUAUUGGUAUAUGUAUGUUUUUUAACCUAAUUUAAUUUGUACUUGUUUAAUUUUAUCCUUUGCUUCCUGAGUGUACGGAGAAGCUCAAUCUCUGAUGUGGAUGAUUAUUAUAGUAUCAGUAAAAAGGCAGUAUUUGCUGCUGCAGAAAAAGGGUCUCAAGAGCAAGAAGACAGGACUGCAAAUCUCAGGGCCCAAACAGUAUGUCUAUGAAGGGAUAAAAAAAACCCUCACGGCUGGCCCAGUUCAGCUGACUUGGACUUGCGGGGCUCAGGUUCCAGGGCUGAAAAAAAUCUGAGUAGACUGGAAGGUCCUAGAGCUCAGGCUUCAUCCUGAGCCCAGAUGUCUACAUAAUGAUUUUUAGCCUCGCAGCCCAACCCCAAGUCAGCUGACCUGGGCUCGUUGCGGCCAUGCUAUGGGUCUUUUAUCCCUGUGUAGACAUACUCCGAGAGUGUUAAAGUCAUAAACCACCAGGACUAGGAAUUACUGACUGCUAUAGAUCACUGUUUUCCAAUGGCAUAAAGCAUAUGAAAGUAAACAGCAAAUCAUCAGGUCUUGAAUUGCCACAGGUCCCAGAGGCUAGUGAGCUCUCUGAAAUAAUAACUGCCUCUUUCUGCAGUAUCAGUAAUUGCUUCCCUCCAGCUGAAUCUAUACAGCCAGACCUUCAAAAGUGCUCAGCGCACCCAGUGCUAAUGGCUUAAUUUUGAAAAUCUGGCCAUUUAGUUUGGUGCUUAAAUAGGUGCUGAGUUCUUUUGCAAAUCUGCCUGAACUGGCAAGUAUUGAGCAUACUGGGCUCCCAAUGAGAACUGAUGGUGCUCAGCACAUUUCAUGAAGUGCUCAGCACUUUGCUGCUUCUGGCCCCUAAUAAGGAAACAGGGUUCCUCUUAGGACCAGGAAGAAAACUGAGAUAGCUAAACAGAAACCCAACACUAACUUUUUUUUAAAUUGAGAAACAGAGAUUGGAUUAUGUCUAUCCCUUUUUACAAUGUGAGUACUGUUGCCCUUUAAAAGCAGGCUGUGUGCCAAGUUUUACAAAGUAAAAAAAAAAAGGAAUGGGGGAGAUUACUAUAAAAGGUUACGGUUUACCUUUUUCCUCAUUAACUAGGGGCACAUUUAAGUGGUAAAAAACCCUCGAAUUAAUAUAAUAAUCAUAUUCAAAAGAUCUCAAUGGUGAUAUGCUAGCCGUGAUUUUUUUUUGUUUGUUUGGUUUGGUUUUGUUUAAACACUGAUUAGGGAGCAUAGGUACUAAAGGCAAAUGCACACAAAAUGGUUUGGUGAAAAAGAAAA